AUGUCAGCUAUCUAUAAGGCAUUACAAUCCAAAUCAUCUAAGGAAACAUCGGAAAAAACCAAACAUAUUAAUAGACAAAGAUUAUUGGUGAUAUCAUCUCGUGGUAUUACUUAUAGGCAUCGUCAUUUAAUUCAAGAUUUAUUAGCAUUAUUACCACACGCUAGAAAAGAACCAAAAUUUGAUUCUAAAAAAAAUUUACAUCAAUUAAAUGAAGUUGCUGAAUUAUACAAUUGUAAUAAUAUUUUCUUUUUUGAAUGUAGAAAACAUCAAGAUUUAUAUUUAUGGAUUUCAAAACCACCAAAUGGACCAACUUUAAAAUUUCAUAUUCAAAAUUUACAUACUUUAGAUGAAUUGAAUUUCACUGGGAAUUGUUUAAAAGGUUCAAGACCAAUUUUAAGUUUUGAUAAAAGUUUUUUAGAAAAUGAUCAUUAUAAAUUAUUAAAAGAAAUGUUUCUUCAAACUUUUGGAGUUCCACCAAAUGCUAGAAAAUCAAAACCAUUUAUUGAUCAUGUCAUGACUUUUUCUAUAGUUGAUGGGAAAAUUUGGAUUCGAAACUAUCAAAUCAAUGAAACUUUGGAUGUUAAAGAAAAUGAUAAAAUUGAAGAUGAUGAAGAUUAUGAUGUUGAUCAAUUGAAUUUAGUGGAAAUUGGUCCAAGAUUAGUAUUGACUUUAAUCACCGUUUUAGAAGGAUCAUUUUCUGGUCCAAAAAUAUAUGAAAAUAAACAAUACGUUUCACCAAACUUUGUUAGAGCUCAAUUGAAACAACAAGCUGCUGAUCAAGCAAAAUCUAGAUCUCAAGCUGCUUUAGAAAGAAAGAUUAAAAAGAGAAACCAAGUUUUGAAAGCUGAUCCAUUAUCCAAUGAUGCUUUAUUUAAAUAG